AUGGCAUACGUAGCCUACCUCCUAGUUGGCCAAAGGCAUCCUGUUGUCCACAUGAUUUGUGACCCUAUUAUGAUCAGAGAGAGUGCAGCUCUGACAAGGGAUGUACUUGAGCAGCAUUUUAAUGAUUUAAAAGGGACCCUGAGGAAGCUGCUGGAUGAGCGACUAGUGUUAUUGCUGCAGGAAGUGGAUGCCAUAGAACAAGAGAGCAUCAAGCCAUUGGAUGAAUGCCAGAAACUAAUAGAACAUGGAGUCAGUACAGCUGAUGACCUGCUCCAGGAAGGAGAGAGUGUCAUCCACGAGGUCAUCGGAGAGCAGAAUGAAAAACUGUGCAACUUUACAAAAAAGGCUUUGCACAUUCAGCUGGAUAGCUUGCCAGAAGUGCCCGCCUUGGUUGAUGUGCCUUGUUUAUCUGCCCAGCUGGAUGACUGUCUUCUUACUAUAGUGAAAAAUCAAAUCUUCAACCAUGGGACUGUAGCAUCUCGGCCGCCUGUACAGGUAGAAGAACUUACUGAGAAGCCUGGCGGUAUCCUAGUCCGGUGGUGUAAGGUGGAUGAUGACUUUAUACCACAAGACUACAGGCUUCAGUAUCGCAAGAGUACUGCCAAUCACUUUGAAGAUGUGUAUGUUGGCUCAGAGAUGGAAUUCAUAGUACUACAUAUCGACCCCAAUGUUGAUUACCAGUUCAGAGUCUGUGCCCGGGGUGACGGACGGCAGGAAUGGAGUCCAUGGAGUAUUCCUCAAACUGGCCGUUCUACAUUAGUUCCUCAUGAAUGGACAGCAGGUUUGGAGGGUUACAGCCUGAGCAGUCGAAAAAACAUAGCACUUCGAAAUGAUUCUCAGUCAUGUGGUGUGCUCUACUCCAAAGCUCCUACUUACUUCUGUGGGCAGACAUUAACGUUCAGAAUUGAAACAGUUGGUCAGCCAGACAAACGAGACAGUAUAGGAGUCUGUGUGGAACAGCAGAACGGCUAUGAUUCUUUACAGCGAGAUAAAGCAGUAUGCAUUAGUACAAAUGGGGCAGUAUUUGUAAAUGGCAAGGAGAUGACAAACCAAUUGCCUGCUGUUACUUGUGGAUCAACUGUGACAUUUGACAUGGAAGUUGUGCAUUUAGGUCCCAAUAACAACGAGGGAGGAAACACCAAACUCAGAGUAACCAUCAGUUCUAACAACAGGGAAGUAGUUUUUGAUUGGGUACUUGAUCACUCAUGUGGUUCUUUAUAUUUUGGAUGUUCAUUCUCCUACCCAGGCUGGAAGGUGUUAGUGUUCUAGCCUCUCUAGUUGUUUGCUCUAAAUUUUAAAAGUUGAAUUCAUUUUUCCAGCUUUUAAUAUCUAACUUGGGUUUAACAAAACUUGUCUUUACAUCACUUGAAGGUCACUAUGUUGUACUUAGAUCCAUUUCAAAAUAAUGGAAAACAUGAUUUAUUACUCUAUAAAAAGCUAAACAGGCAAUUAAUUUCAUACAGCCUUGGAAUAAAAACUGGAAAAACCUCAGGGUACAUGUAUUGAAUGGAAUGAACUUUGCUUACUGCUGCUGUUCUGUGAAACAAGCCUGUAACACUUUUGGCUUAGGGUUAAUGGUCCAAAGUUUUAUCUGUCCCACCUACAAUAAGAG